UGAACGCCGUACAACAAUUUAAUGUGUCGUAAACAUUCCAUAGCGAUCAUGACCAAAUAUGAUAUAUUGUAUUGACAAGAUAGCCCAGGGACCGCUUUUACAAUAUAAAUGGAAAUACAUGUGAUGUCGGUUGGGAAAAAAGGGCUUAUUCUCACGUGGAUAGAUUUUGGGUGGAGUAAAUCCUCUCGCUUCGCCUCUUCCUCUCGGUCAUUACGCUGGAUGAUGGAGAGAAGUGCGCCUGACCUGUACGCGUUCCUGAAUGUAAUAGACUACACGAGACCAACAUAAAUGAGAAUUUCGAUUAUGAUGUUUAUUAGUAUAACAGACGGUCUGCAGUUGGUUAGCGUCGAUUCGUAGCUACGAAAACCCUAAUCUACAUCACCACCGGGAAAUUCCAACAUCACUUUGCUUCAUCUGCCUGGCUGAAAGUGUAGGAGUUGGUGCUUUCAAAUAGGAUCAUAUUGAACCGUCCGUAUCAAACAGAACCCUGGUAUGGUACUGAUACCUAUUUUUAUGCUGUGCAUAGGAUAUGCUUUCUACUUAGCUACUAUUCACUAACGUUAGUCUUUUCAUCACUGAUUUUUGGGCUAACUAGGUAGCGUUAGCCUAGCUAGCGCGUUAGCCUAGCCAGCUAAGCGGUCAUACGAAUGUAAUGGGUCACACACACAGCUGUUCUUUAGGAUGAUAGACCGAAAUUAUGGAUAAUAUCAUAGUCGAAUUGUUCUCCUCAUGGAGUGUAUAUUUUGGGGAUAUUGUUUGCAUACACUGGAUACGCUUGGUGACGUUGUUGAUUCAAUGACGACAUGCACCACUAACUUACCGGUACUGGAACAUGUUUGUAGCUAACGUUACUGGCAACACGCUAGUCGAUGUUAUUGUUAGGUAACGUUAGUUAGCCAACAUUAGCGAGAUAAUUAGCAAGUUGCUGCCUAUGUAGAUUGCGGUGGAAAGCACAAGACAGCUCCUCUAUUCGGGAAGCUCCAAAAUUUCGUAAAUCAUGAAACAUUGCGAAUACCAGCAAAUCGACCCGCAGGCACUUUCAACACCAACCCCGACCCUGCCGCUGCAACAGGCUGUUGUUCAGGAAGAGAAGAAGGGGGAAACCGCACGGAGAAAAUGGGAAGUUUUCCCCGGCAAGAAUCGCUUCUACUGUGAUGGACGGAUCAUAGUGGCUCAGCAAAGCGGUGUCCUACCACUCACCCUCGGCCUCAUUUUGGUCACCACUGUACUGUUCUUUGUUUUCGACUGUCCCUUCCUGUUGAAGCAUCUGACUGUGUUCAUCCCAGCAAUUGGAGGAGUGCUGUUUGUGUUUGUAGUCAUCUCCCUCCUGCAAACCAGCUUCACUGACCCUGGCAUCCUGCCCCGAGCCACACCGGACGAGGCCGCAGACAUUGAGAAGCAGAUCGAUAACUCUGGCUCUUCCACCUACCGACCCCCUCCCCGCACCAAGGAGGUGAUGAUCAACCAGCAGGUAGUGAAGCUCAAGUAUUGUUUCACCUGCAAGAUGUUCCGGCCACCGCGCACUUCCCACUGCUCCCUCUGUGACAACUGUGUGGAGCGAUUCGACCACCAUUGUCCCUGGGUGGGGAACUGUGUUGGGAAGAGGAACUAUCGUUUCUUCUACACCUUCAUCGUCUCUCUGUCCUUCCUGACAGUCUUCAUCUUUGGCUGCGUCGCCACACAUCUAGCACUGAGGGCACAAGGAGGGAGAGGCCUGAUGUUUGCUCUUCAGGAGAGUCCAGCCAGUGCUGUGGAGCUGGUGAUUUGCUUCUUUUCAGUUUGGUCCAUCUUGGGCCUCUCAGGCUUCCAUACCUACCUGGUUGCUUCUAACCUGACAACAAAUGAAGAUAUCAAAGGCUCGUGGUCGGGGAAGAGUGGGGCGGAGGAUACCGGAAACCCCUACAGCUAUAACAACAUCAUUACUAACUGCUGCUCUGUACUCUGUGGACCCAUGCCUCCCAGUUUGAUUGACAGGCGAGGCUUCAUGCCAGUGGAGGAGUCGUCCCAGACAGUUGCCACUGAGAUAGAGCUGGCCGCUAAGAAGGAGAUAAACGUGUGUCAACUGGUAUUGUGUCUCUCCGUAUUUGUGUGUAUGGCCCAUCACCACCCCCCACUAGGAGGACAGCUGUCUGGACUUUGCUCUGUCCUGUGCUGGCUGAUGAGCAAGUGCACACAGGGAACUAAAGAUCUGUUGGAGUCGGCAUCUCGCUCUCCGUGUCCCCAGACAGGGAAACCCCAGACCGUCUCUACUUCCUGUCCAGACAGCAUUGACCCAGCUGACCCGGCGGUGACCUUUAACCCUGCUGUAAUCUCUGACCCUGACGCUGUUGCAGUGCCCUCUCUGAAAUGCGGAGGCCGUCACCACAGCCACACCACCAGUCCUCCGGACGAACCCCGCCAGCAGCACCACCACCAUAACCGGCACCACAAGACGCGGUCGGCACGGAGCAGCAGCAGCAAGCGGGCCGCUCUCCACAUCUCCAACCCGGCUUACAACGUCAGCCUCAGCCCCCCCACCUCUCCAGGCCUUGGGCCUAGUCAUGGUACAGGGGCAGAGGACCACGUAAGGGACAGCUUUGCAGCAUUGCACUGAGUCAAGCAAACUCUAACUCCCUCUGAGUGAAUGAACCUGCGCCUUGCUGCCUUCCACAGCUCUACGCUCUGCAUGUUGUACAACAGUUUAGUCCCACUUGCCAGACUCAUGGAGCACGGCUAUAGGAAGAGACUACAGUUAGGUGGAAGCUGGUCCGUCUUUUAGAAGAGACUACAGUCAGUCACACUGGAUGCAGUCAGGUGGAAGCUGGUCCGUCUUUUAUAAGAGACUACAGUCAGUCACACUGGAUGCAGUCAGGUGGAAGCUGGUCCGUCUUUUAUAAGAGACUACAGUCAGUCACACUGGAUGCAGUCAGGUGGAAGCUGGUCCGUCUUUUAUAAGAGACUACAGUCAGUCACACUGGAUGCAGUCAGGUGGAAGCUGGUCCGUCUUUUAUAAGAGACUACAGUCAGUCACACUGGAUGCAGUCAGGUGGAAGCUGGUCCGUCUUUUAUAAGAGACUACAGUCAGUCACACUGGAUGCAGUCAGGUGGAAGCUGGUCCGUCUUUUAUAAGAGACUACAGUCAGUCACACUGGAUGCAGUCAGGUGGAAGCUGGUCCAUCUUUUAGAAGAGACUACAGUCAGUCACACUGGAUGCAGUCAGGUGGAAGCUGGUCCAUCUUUUAGAAGAGACUACAGUCAGUCACACUGGAUGCAGUCAGGUGGAAGCUGGUCCAUCUUUUAUAAGAGACUACAGUCAGUCACACUGGAUGCAGUCAGGUGGAAGCUGGUCCGUCUUUUAUAAGAGACUACAGUCAGUCACACUGGAUGCAGUCAGGUGGAAGCUGGUCCAUCUUUUAGAAGAGACUACAGUCAGUCACACUGGAUGCAGUCAGGUGGAAGCUGGUCCAUCUUUUAGAAGAGACUACAGUCAGUCACACUGGAUGCAGUCAGGUGGAAGCUGGUCCAUCUUUUAUAAGAGACUACAGUCAGUCACACUGGAUGCAGUCAGGUGGAAGCUGGUCCAUCUUUUAUAAGAGACUACAGUCAGUCACACUGGAUGCAGUCAGGUGGAAGCUGGUCCAUCUUCUUUAAGAGACUACAGUCAGUCACACUGGAUGCAGUCAGGUGGAAGCUGGUCCAUCUUUUAUAAUCUAUGUAAGUCCACAAGUCCUCAGAGAGAGGUGGGCCAUGACUGAAGCAUCACCAACACCCUCUUUACAUCCUGGGUCUAUGUGGAUGGGGACAAGGAUGUGUGACUGUUACUUUGGAGCUUAAGGAUGUAUUACCGAGGAUAGCUAUGGGGGUGUGACUGUCUGGGGAAGUCACUGCACGGUGGCCAGCUUUCACUAGCUAGGCCUAACUCACAUCUACUACCGAUUUUGUAAAGCCUGCUUGGGCCUUUACUAGACUGCAAAUUAAUGGAGAUCUAGAGCUACAUUACAGCUUCCUAUCAGAAGAGGGCACUACCUGCUGUGUGAGUUGCAGUGGAACGUGUGAUGUGAACACUUAUAUAGGACUCCUAGACAAACCUCCAAAUGUAAUUGAACUGAAUAGCCCCUUUGUUUACAGCGAAAAGCACAACGAAAGAGCUGGUGUUUUGUGGCGCAAACUUCUAUAGCCACUCAGUGAACCAUACAUUCUUCUUUUGACACUCAAGCAGAAGGGACCCAGCCAGCACUACAGGGCCUCAUACAGACUCUGUUAUUAUUCUGGGCGGCCAAAAACUAGCCUAGCAUCCAAACUGAUGUCGCUAUGUUUCAUAAUGGUGAGUGCAGCGUUUAGUCUGGCUUAAGGCUUGACAAACUUUGGGGAUACCUACCUACUGAUUUGGGAUGGCUCUGUUUAUUAGAGUAGCUGGCUUGAGACCCAAAAACCUGGCUGUGUGAGUGCCAAACAACCCAAAUCUUUUUUUUAAAUCUAAAAGCAGAACCGGACGGAUGAGCUUGAGUUAGUUUGAUAGGCUAGCUAGCAUUAGUACAUAGACCUUUCUAUAUAUCAAUGUCUCUGAACUUGAAGAGAUUUCCCCCCCCCCCCCCACAUCGAUAAGAGUAGCUCUCGUACUUAGCCCUAGACCCAAGGACAAUAGUAAGAGUGACUAGUAUUCACAACACGGACAUGACUGAAAUGCACUGGCAGAUGAGGACGUCUUGAAAAUCCUAACUGCUGUUUUAUGGUUCAAAACCAACCGUUCAUUCAACAGUAACAACUCAAGACACCCCUACAGCAUACCUCAGAAAUGCAUCACCUCACACAGGAAUGUUUUCUUACUAAAGCAGUGUUUCUCAUGAUUCAUAUACACCUCUAUAAUAAUGUACCUGAGACAUGUUAGCAGUAUCUUGCGUUGCAUGUGGUUGCCUCAUGUCCAAAAGAGUCCUUCCUCCUUUUGUUGCUUGCACUGUUAGUCCAGACAGGAUCACCUGCACUAAUUGCUAUUCCAUAAUCCACAUAUUAGAUGUGUGAAUCUGAUCCCUUCCUUGAUUUUGAGCAGUGAUACUAGACCAAAUUAGCCUCUUGUUCAUUUGCACCUUUUUGUUCUUUGUGUGUUUUGACAAAUCUAAUAGGUUACUGUGUGAUGUGAGAAGGCACACUGAACCAGGGCAUCUGCAUAGGAAGAAUUCAGAGUGUGGUUUCAGAUUGAGACCUGUCUUUGUGUUAUAGGUUUAUUUAUUUGAUAUGCAAGUUAAAAUGUGAAAGUUUGUUGAUCCACUUCGUUACGCCUCUAACCCUGCAAUCAUUUGCACAGAAAACGCAAUGAACUGCCACUGAGCAUGAAACCUGAGCACACUGAGUAGUAGGGACACACAAAGAUCACUUAACACUGACAGUCCAUUUUAUACAAAUACAAUUAUAUUCCUGUUGUCCACUUGGACCUAAAGUAUUCACAUUCACUAGAGCAGAGAAGUGAAUUCACUGCACUGCAUUUUGUGUUUUAAAUAGGUGUUUCCCUUCAUCACAACAACUUAGACAUAUUGUAGAUCAGUGGUCAUCCUCAAUGCAUUUCACAUUUGAUUCUAAAGGGCAUUUCCUGUUAUUUCAGCCAAUAUUCCUCAAAAUGAAAAGCACUGAAUUUAUAAUGGUUUAUUUCAUGUCAAUCAUGGAUCCAGAAUGAUUGGUCUGUUGAGCUCUGUGCUUAUUUAUGUUCAACAUGAUUGAUUCUUUAUGGAAAACCGUAAAAACAUUUGUGUGUUUAUAACCCAAGUGAUACGCUUGUCUCCAUACAGUAACUGGAAUUGAUGCUUUCUGUUCACGUGUUACACACCAAGGCCACCAGAUGGCGAUGGUUACAACUAAAUGGAGAUUUUCACACCAUGUUUACAGACUUUCAAAAGAGCUUUCUUCCCGGAAAUAAUCCAAUGUUUGUUCAGUCAAGUAGUUACAUAAACAAAGGCUCUCAGACAAUACUAUGUUUAUCUUUUGUGUUUGUUUUUGUUUACUGGCAAAAUGGCCCAAACAUGUGGACGAGUCUCCCUUUAGAUGUUGAUAUUAUAACAGGGUUUUGUCAUUAUUAAGCAAUUCAAACAGAUGGCCAGUGCUUAUAUUGUCUGUAAAAAAGAAAUACAUCUAAUGUAGGCCAACUGAAUCGUGGGGAAUAUUGCACAAUAAAAGAUUAACUCAA